AUGGUUCCAAAUGAUGAAGAAUUCGAUGAAGAAAUAAUCUCAUUUGGAGCAUUAACAUCCGCAAAAGCAAUUUAUGAAAAAAUCUCUGAAAUUCUCUCCAGAUGCAGAAAGUUUGUUUUGAUAAUGUCAAAUUACAAAGAUUAUACCAUAGGAUUUCCAAAUUCUCAAGCAGAAAUACAGUUCAAAAAUUUGGCAGCUUUCUAUGCAUGGUCGAGCAACGGAUCUACACUAAAAACAACUCCAUUCUUGUCUCAGUGCAUUGAAUUCAACAACAGUUUCAUUUCACUUUUCAAAAUUUUGAAUAAGUCUGGUUGCAAGAUUCAAAAUCUUAAAAUAAAUGAGAAAGAUCUUAAAAACAGUGAUCUUAUUCAAUCUAUCAUGAAGCCAAAGCAGUCAUUGCUUUCUGUUGAACAGUUCAAGAAAGACUGGGUAAUGGUCUCAAGGAAGCCAUUAAAUCUCAAUAUGCCAUUAAAACCAAAUCUUCCAGAUCAUAAAAAGAAACCAAAUCCUCAAGAAAAUAAAAAUAAUGGUACAAUUGUCACAGUUAUUCCAAAGAAGGAGCUUGAACCUAAAAUUAGCUUAAAUUCACAACAAGGAAGAGGAAGUGGACCAGUCAAAGAUGAAGACGUUUACAAAUAUAUGAUUGACAACAUUGAUAAACCACAAAAUUAUUCCGAGGACAUGGAAAAUAAACCUGGUUUAGGAAUUGAUAAAAUCGAUGAUAUUGCUGCAGAUACUGAAUUACCAAUUGAUAAAUUCAUUGAUUAUGCAACAGAAACCACUUUCAACAUUGUUAAUUAUGCAAACAAAUUACAAAUCAACACUAAUUCCCAAAUUGUUUUGUUGCUUGAUAUUAAAUCAAUCACACCAGAAGAUAUCAAGCGCGACAUUUUGUUGUAUUUUGUUGCUUUCGCAAUGGCAUGUUCUCAACUUGGACUUGAAUACAGACUUGUUGUUUUCGCAGAUAGAGAAUUCCAAUACUUGGAAAUCAAGAAAUUAUCUGAAAAAUUGCAGAGAAAGCAUCUGCAAGUUGCUCUUGAAACUUUCGAUACAAAGAGAUUAUCAUCCGAUCCAUUUAUUGCCAUUCAAAAGAUAAUAAAUAAAGACUUAAAGUCAUCAUAUAGUUUCUUCGUCUUCUCAGAUGGAAACCUCUUGAACACAACAGUAAAAUCAUGGUCAAGAUGGGAUAAAAACACUCAUUCAACAUGUACUUGGUUAAUCCAACCACCUGAAGAAUUCAAUAAUCCAAUUGUAAAUCAAUACAAACGCCUAAACGAAGAAUAUGAGAACAUGUUCUAUGAAGUAAACAAAAUUGUUGAAGGUGGAUUCGACAAAUGUGAAAAGUUCAUUGAAACGUUCUUCAAAGGUUUCAGUAAAGGAAACUUAGAGAACAAAGAAAAAACAGUUAAAUUGUCUUUAUCGCAAAACAAGAUCAAAAUCACUUGUUCUCCCAAACAUAUUCAAAGCACAAACUCUCAUUUUAUUUGUGUAUCAGAAAAUCUACAAACAUCGAUGACAAGAAUCUGCGAAGUUACAGAUAACAGUGAAUUUGAUUUCAUUCCAAAAUCAAAUAAUUCGGAAUUUGAUUUGGAAGAUUUCGAAAGAAAUAUUUCGGACAACUUCAAUACUGAAGAAAUGUUCUCUCCGAACAAAGCAAUGCAGUAUAUCGCAUCAGAGAAAGGCAACGGAAUAUCAAUGCCAGGAUUAAUCAGAUUCAUAAUCACAGAUGGCCAAGACCAGAGAUUUAGACUCGAAAAAAAGGCAGGUUAUGUACCAAGUUAUUCCUUGUUUUUCGUCAUUGAUUGUACAGAAUCAUCAUCUGGAAUGCUCUCAAUGAAUACUACAGUAUUAACUGUCUUCAGCACAUUAAUUGCAUUCAAAGAAUGCAACUGUCCAAUCACAGUAAUUUUGGCAACUUCCACCGGUCCAGUUGCAGUUUGUAUCAACAAGAAGAAAGAAGACAUUUUCAUUGAUAACUCCCCAGUUUUCACAGAAAUAUAUAGAUGGUUAACAGCAGCAAAUAUACAAUCUCAAACAGUAUUUGGAUUCUCUCAGGCAUUGACAGCUGCAUACAACAUCAGGUGCAGACAACAAGAACAAGAAUCUGUUCUUAUUGCAAUCACAAGUGCCCAUUUCUAUCAGACUGAGAUGGGUGCAGUUGGAACAUGCAUCUCCACAGUGCAGUCAUUAAAGACAUCUACAAUUGGUGUUGGAGUAGGAAUUUGUCCGAAGAAUAUCUCGAAAGUUUUCAGUAAAUCUGUUUGGUCAGAUAAUCCUCUGAAAAUUGGAGAGUGCUUCAGCAAAUUAUCACAUUUAGAUACAAGUGAAGGAAUUACAGAAGGAGAAAUAACUUCCCCAGUUUUACCAGAGAAAAUCUCGAUUGAAGAACUCAAUGGUCAAUUAAGUAACAAAGAUAACAGAUUUUACACAGACCUCACUAAUAAAUUGGAAAAGAUCCAGAUAUUUGAUGCAGCUCGUGGCUACUACAUUAACGAAAAAACAACAAAUAUUGAUGUUCCUUCAACAAAAUCAGGUCAAGGUCAAGAGCCUAAAAGUAAUCUCCCAGAUGAAGAUCUCGGCAAGAAUGCAAAAUGGCCAUAUAAGAUUCUCAUUUGCCAACUCUACGAUGCAACAGUAAACCAAGAAGGAGAACAAAAUAAACAAGAACCAAAUCCACCAUCUCGACCAUUAUCAUCGCAACAACUACCUCCUCAAGGUAUUCAAAAUCAAGGUAUUCAAAAUCAAGGAAAUCAAGGUAUUCAAAAUCAAGGAAAUCAAGGUAUUCAAAAUCAAGGAAAUCAAGGUAUUCAAAAUCAAGGAAAUAAAGAUACUCCGGAAACAGACAAAGAUGUCACAUUCCAAACUUUGAAUGAUGAAAAUGGAAUUAUUUGCCGUUUGAGAGACCUUGGCUUUACAGUCACAGUUUCUCAGAAUUAUUGCAAUUGUAUUGCCGAAAUAUUAUCAGGAACAAACCACCAAGUUUGGGUUAUUUGCUCAAAUGGCAAAGAGGCAAAACCAUCAGAUGCUGAAGUUCUUCCAAACAUUAAGAAUAAAUCUGAUCAAAUCAGAGGAGAUACAAGUGAUUUCUCACACGCUUACCAGUUUGUUGAGACAGUUGAAAUGUUCAGGCAGAAAGGUGGUAGUAUUUCAUUUUGGGCUGAUCAGGGAUUCACCUUUGAAUCGGAUUAUUAUUUGAAACAUGUCAAAUUGUAUGAUUGUGAUGAAUGUGAUUCAAAAUCAUAA